AUGAACAGGUAUCUGGAGCCAGAUAGGCGACCGGCAGGUGCGCGGUUCCGAGGAGCUUCCUUCCCCGAAGGCCUGCUUGCCAUGCGCCGCCGCGACGCCUCCAUUGUAAUGGAGGCACGCGCUGCCCAUACCGAUCGCAGGCCUACUACGUCCGCCCGCGCCGCGGCUGCAUCGCCGAGCCGUGAUUUAUACGCUGCCCGCGGCGCUGUCCCAACUGCCCACCUGACCGGCCGCCUCGCGAUACCAUCUCCCCCACUCGCAGUGCCCGCUCGAUUGAUGCGACAGAUACCAGCAGCAACACUGAUAGCCAUGUUCAUGCCCCAAAGCACGGGCCUUCCGCCGGUGCAAGGAGCGCUCUCUCCCGUGCGCAGGGGGUGGGCGGUGCCAACGGCCGCGGUCAAGGACGAGGCUGCCGUUGCCACG